AUGGACAUUCAGGCAGAGGAUAUAAAUCUCGACACCUAAAUCAGACAAAGCAAGAAUUUUACUUAGGGAAAGCAAUCUCCAAUGAAAUAGUCAUUUCACUUAUCAAAAUAAUCUCCAUUAUCUAAGGGACAUAGCUCUCAAAUAUAGAUUGAGAAUUUCUCAUCUCCUCUCAGUAAAUAAACUACUUUGAAGAAUCCUGAGACUCAGAGCGCAAAAAAGAAUCAAAUAACCUAAUAAGAUGAUAAUUACUAUUACUAUGAAGAUAACUCAUUGAGUGAAUUGAGAAAAUCUAAAGAAAGGUCUAGUUAUUAUGACUUUACCUUUAGUGGGCAACAGUUAGAGUAAUAGCAAUAGCAAGUCUUAUCAAUCUAUGAUUAAAAGGAAUUUAGCAAUAAACUACCUAUCAUUGUUUAAGAGAAAUAAUCUUUGAGAUAUAGCAAUCCUGUUGAUUUUUCAGAAGGUGUAUCUCGAGAUAGCGCUUAGAAAUUUAUGAUUAAUAGAACGACCGAUUAAUCAAGAUUGUAGACAUUAUAGUAUUAAAAUGAACUUGAAAUGAUUCCGAGUGAAAAAUCCUUGUUGCCUGAUAUCAAUCAAUCAAGUUUAGAGCCUAAAUUUGGACUAGCAGAAGCUUAGAGUAAAAGUGGAAUUAAAAAUAAGUCCAAUCUAAUCAAAGAAUAUCAAACUAUUGAUCCUUAUGGUCAAAAUUAUCCUCAAGUAAUAGCUAAUAGUAAAAAGAUGAUUUCACAUAGAGGUGGUGGAUCUCUAAUGAAUCAAAAUAGGCAGUAAAGACUCCAAUAAAAUCACUCAAGACAUUUUAAUAAAUCGCUAAUCUACAGUACUAAUACUUAUGGGAUAGAUUCAGGCACAAAUAUUCAUAAUCCUAAUCAAUCCCAAUCACCUGCAAGGAAAGAUCAGUUUGAUUAAAGUAUUGAAAUUAGUGAUUAUCUGUCUAGAAAAAUAGAUACAAAAAAGCUUAAUGUUAUGAUAUUUCAAAGUAAGAUCAAGAAAUUUUAAACCUAGUAUGGAUUGAAAUUAAUUGAUCCUAAGAAAUAGCCAUAAGGAAGGAACGAUUCUAUAACCUAAAUACCUAAAAUUAAUAAUGAAAGUUCCUUCACCAAUUUUGACUAGACUAAUGAGAUGGAGAUAGGUUCUCAUUUAUUAACAAUUAAUAACGAUCUAAAUAAACAGACUUAUUAAGAUUAGAAUGACUAUUAAUAAUAGAGUACGAGUAAUCUAAUCAUGCUUAAAGCUAUUUAAAAUAAUGCCAAGAGGAAGAUCAUUCAUAAUAAUGGUCUAGAAUUUUAUAGAAUAAGAAUGGGAAUAAAUGACUUACCAAAGAUUAGGUUCGAAAAGUCCAUGCCACCUGAGAAUAUACCAUAAAUAAAGAGGAGAACAGAUAGCAUACGUACUAUUAAGAAUAAUGAAUUCGCUCAUCAAUCAUUGCGAUUAAAUAAUAAUUCAUAAUUAGAUGGCUAGUCAAGAAAUCUCAACUAGGAAAGCUAAAAUAGUUCCUUGAUGGUUUAUAGCUUAGCUUAAAAUGACAAAAUAGAAUCGAUUGAGAAUGAAAUAAAAUUAUGCUUACUAGAACUUGUCAGAUCUGAUUAAACUUAAGAAGAGGAAAUCUAACUUACUGAAAAUGAAUAAACUAAAAAUAUUUUGCCUGAUUCAGAUGUCAAAUCUGACCCUUAUACUGAUAAUACUCCUAUCUCAACAUAAGAUAAUCAAAAUUCCUUGAUUAAUGAUGCUUCUAUUAGUAAUAUACAUAAAAUUGGAUCAAUCGAUACUCAAGAAUAGAGGACAGUGUUCGUACCUAUAAUAAAACUGCAGUAAUGUCACCCCUUAUUUUCAAAGCUAAGCACUCACGCUACUAAAGUUCUUUUAUAAUUUGGGCAAAUUAUAACUCUGAUAUAAAACUAGUUACUCUUUAAAGAAUAAUAACAGUAAGCACUUAACUAUCAAUAAAUAUAUUUUAGGGCAAGAAAAUUCUUUAUCAUUCUCUAUGGAUAGAUGUGCUACUAAAAUAAUGAUAAGGUUUAGCUAGCCAUAUUUGGACUUGGAUCAGUAGCUGGUGAAGAAUGGAUGUUCAACAAGGGUCUCAGAUACAGGUUAGAGAACUGUUUUGCCAAAGUGAAUUCAUGUGUCCUUGAGAUAACUGCUAAAUAAUAUGAAAAUAUGAAGAUAUUCAUGGGAGAAAAUAAAAUGAAAAAAGAUCUUUCCAUACUAGAAUCAAUUUUAAAAAGGAAUUAUUUCUAAAAAAAGAGUAUAUACCAGUGA